GCUUUCCCAGCCCCCCUUCCUUCUCUUCCUCCUCCUCCUCCUCCUCCUCCCAGUAGCAGCAGAGAGGGCUUUGCAGAGAAGACGAUUUCGCACAAUCUGGGGAGAAUUUGGGCUCGGAGGCUGGGAAGUUUUGCGAUUUCGAAAGAGCCGUGUCCUUCCCUUUCUCUCUCUCCCCCCCCCCUUUUUUUUUCUUUCAACCUUUUCGCCUUCCUAUAUAUUGCCUUGUGCUAAGGCAAGGAGGCAUUUCCUGCAGCAAAAAUCAGAAAUGGGGAGUUUUGGGUGCUUCUGAGUGUUUCUGUGCGUGUUGCGGGACCAUUUUUUUCUUUUUCUGUAACUUUUUUUUCUUUUUCAGUCGUUGCAUUGUAUGUUUUGGCUUGGACAAGGCGAGGAUGACGCAAAAAUAAUAAUAAAUAAAUAAUCGCAUCCCUCCGCUCUCUUCUCUUCCUUCCCUCCCGGUUUUUUUUUUAACCAGAUCUAUGCAUAUAUAUAUUUUUUGAAGUGAUCCUAAAAGGAAGAAGUUGAAGAAUGCGAUCCUCCAAGUUUGGAGGCAGCCCGAGUUGAAGGGCCAAAAGGAAAACGUGAAAAAGGCAGGCCUCUUGGAUCACACCGCUCCCCCCCAGUAAGUGGGGUGGGGGAGGCUGAAAGACAAUUAUUUAAAUUUUAUGGGGGGGCAGGGGCGGCUUUGGAAGACUUAAGGAUCUCCUAAUCUCUGCGAUCAAGUCGUGUGAGUUGGAAGGAUUAGGAUGGCUGCAGAACUGAGCCCCGAGGAGGAGCAGGCCACCAAGCAAUUUCUGGAAGAGAUCAACAAGUGGACAGUCCAGUACAAUGUGUCCCCACUCUCCUGGAAUGUGGCCGUCAAGUUCCUCAUGGCUAGGAAGUUUGAUGUCCUUCGCGCGAUCGAGCUCUUCCAUUCCUACCGGGAAACCAGGCUGAAGGAAGGGAUCGUGAAGCUGAAACCCCACGAGGAGCCCCUUCGAUCGGAGCUGCUUAGUGGGAAAUUCACGAUUCUGAGUGUGCGGGAUCCUUCGGGAGCGUCAAUUGCCCUCUUUACAGCCAAGCUGCACCACCCCAACAAAAGCGUCCAGCAUGUGGUACUCCAGGCUCUCUUCUACUUGCUGGACAGGGCCGUGGAAAGCUUCGAAACUCAGCGGAACGGCCUGGUAUUUAUAUAUGACAUGGCAGGUUCCCACUAUACCAAUUUUGAGCUAGAUCUCAGCAAGAAGAUUCUCAACCUACUGAAGGGAGCUUUUCCAGCCCGCCUCAAGAAGGUCUUCAUCGUGGGGGCCCCCAUGUGGUUCCGCGUUCCCUACUCCAUCAUCAGCCUGCUGCUCAAAGAGAAACUCCGAGAAAGGGUUCAGAUGGUGAAGAUGUCGGAGCUGAAACAGCACCUCCCCCAGGAAUGUCUUCCGGAGUACCUGGGUGGAUCCCUCAAGCUGGAUCCCCACAGCUGGAACUGCAGGUUUCUCCCACAGCAAAACGGGCACCCAGAUCCCCUCGACGAGCUGAUCUUGGUGCCCCUGGCUGCGCCCCGCGACAACGGCUCGGUGCACGUCCCGGGGCCGAAAGCCAUGACGGUGCAGGAGGUGACGGAGCACGUGAGGCAGAAGCAGAAGCGGGGCAUCUACGAAGAGUACGAGGGGAUUCGGCGGAGGAAUCCGUCGGGCACGUUCGUCUGCUCCUUAGCUCCCCUUAACCAGGAGAAGAACCGAUACGGAGAUGUGCCGUGCCUUGACCAAACCAGGGUGAAGCUGUCCAAACAGUUCAGCUACCAAGAGCUGACUGACUAUAUCAAUGCCAGCUUCAUGGAUGGGUACAAACAGAGGAACGCUUACAUCGGCACGCAAGGGCCCUUAGAAAACACUUAUGGUGACUUCUGGCGCAUGGUGUGGGAGCAGAAUGUGUUGGUGAUAGUCAUGACAACGAGACUUGAAGAAGGAGGCAGAAGGAAGUGUGGCCAGUAUUGGCCAUUGGAGAAAGACUUUCAGACCUGCUAUGGAACCCUGACGGUCACCAACCUUGGGACAGAGAACCUCACCCAUUACAAAAAAACCAUUUUGGAGAUCUACAACUGUGAGAGUCGUGAGAGGCGCCUCGUAACCCACUUCCAGUAUGUGAGCUGGCCUGACUACGGCGUCCCGUCCUCGGCGGCCACGCUCAUCGACUUCCUGGGGGCUGUCAAGCAGCAGCAGAGGGUGGCGGUCAGUGCCCUGGGGCCGCGGUACAAGGGGCACCCCGGCGGGCCACCCAUCGUGGUGCACUGCAGUGCCGGCAUCGGCAGGACAGGUACCUUCUGUGCUCUGGACAUCUGCCUGUCACAGCUGCAAGACGUGGGCACGCUGAACGUCUAUCAGACAGUGGUGCGGAUGAGGAUGCAGCGCGCCUUCAGCAUCCAGACCCCGGAGCAGUACUACUUCUGCUACAUGGCCAUCAUUGAGCAUGUGCAGAGAGAGAACCUGCUCCCUUCCUCCCAGACCAGGGCCGCCAUGGAGAAGAGCUAAUGGAAAGGACGGCUGAAGGCUCACCAUCGGUCAGUCAGUGCCAGGGACCAGGCCACCCUCCCUCCCUCCCUCCCUCCCUCCCUCCCAAUCCAGAUUCAUCCGAGUCUUCAGACAAAACUCACCACUGAUGCAAAAGCCAACUUUUCUCUGCUGUAGAGAAACUUUCUUUGGACUAGUGAGCUGGGCAACUAGAAGUCCCAGGACACAAAGACUUGCAAUCCUUUGCAACUAACACGCUCGACUGAACUGUGCCUUAUUGAAACAAGACAGACAAACACACGCUGACGAAGACGACACAAACGCCCAGCUUCGUGGCUCCGGCUUGCCGCUGUGGGCAGGUGGGCAGAAGGGGUGACUCCUUGCUCUGGGUACGCGGCAUCUUCCUUGCCUUGCUCUCUUCCUGUAGGAACCCUUCCAGUUGUAACCUGGGGCCAGAAUAGAAGAAACCCUUCUGCUCAGUCUUAGCUGCUGCUACAUCGCUCCGUGUGUCUCUCUCUACGUUCAUCUUAUGCUCGCUGCCUGGGAGUAACCAGUUCUCUUUAGACGGAUCAAGACACAGUUGCUUCUAGCCAUGGUGACUUAUAUUAGGGCUUCUUUUGGCGUGGCGACGUCCGGUGUCGCAAAGGGGCAUUCGUUGCUCUGCCCACCUGCUGUGCCUGCCCAACCCAGAAUCCCGAGACGGCUUUCAGAAUGCGCCUCCGUGCCCCACGCACCCCCCAAGUCUCGAUGGGGGUGUCUGGCCCACAAAUGCCUUGAAGGUGCCCACAGAGGGGCACCGCGGUGCGAGAGGCCUUGCCCUGGAGCAUGUCCAGUCCCCCAGGGAUUCUCUCCGGGCAUCAUCUUGGUAGGAUACCCUUUUCAAGUCCGUUCGUUUCCUGUUUCCUUUGUUUCUCUCCUGCAAGGUCGUUAGCCUGAGCGAAGUGGGUGGGUCUCUCUUUCCCUGCUGAUGCUUGGGAGCGGAAGGGAAGCUGGCUGGUACGAAGAAGGGUAAGGGCUUCCUCUCCUUGUGCGGCACGCGGGUGCUUGCCAGUGGUGGGGCUGCAAGCUUCCAGUUUUCCGAAGGCAUGCCCUCUCCCCCCACACCCUCUUUCUGUUUACGGAAGAGGAGAGCGGCGUUUGAGCCGACCUCAGUAACUUUAUACUGGAAUAAGCUCUUUCGAAUGUGUAUAUUCUUUUAUUUUUUAUGACCUUUUGUUCUUUUUGUUUUGUUUUUGUAUUUAACAUUAACUUGAUCGAGAUGGAGUUGGAGAUAACUGUAAAUGUUCCCAUUCGCUGUUAUAUGGCGACAAACUUUGGUUUUGUAUUUACAAAUAAAUAUCCUACAACACACGCA